AUGUCCGAUAGUGAAAGUUAUUAUCAAAAUUCAACUACUAAUCAACCUAUUCUUCAUUCUGAUGAAGUAUUAAAUGAUCAUAGAAAUCAAAUCAUUAAUGAUUGUGCCAUUAGUGAUGGUGAUGAUAAUGAUAAUGAUAAUGAUAAUGAUGAAGUUGAAUUAGAAGUUGAAGUUGAAAAACAACAACAACAACAAGAACAACAACAAGAAAUUAAUCCAGAAAAUGUUAAACCAUUGACUCAUAAAUCCGGUUCUUCUAUUAAGAAAAAAUCUCAUAUUAUUAAAGAAAAUAAAGAUAAAGAUAAAGAGAAAGUUAAAGUUAAAGUACCUAAUCCUAUGGGUUUAUCAAGUUAUGAUGAUAACAUUAUUGGUGGUAGUGGUGGUAGUGGUCAUUACAAAAAUCGUAAUUAUAAUAUGAGUACAUUACGUAAAGAGUUUUAUUUAAAAGAUACCAAUGAUGAUGAUGAUGAUGAUAAUAAUAAUAAUAAUAAUAGUACAAACAAUACUAAUACUACUCAUCUUCAAAUCCCUACUCCAAUUAUUACUAAUUCAAAUAAAUCAAGAAGAAAAUCUCAAUUAGAUAAUUUACCUCCAUUAAUUAAAAAGAAAACUAUUGGUCGUAAUAAUUCUAAUAAUUUUGAAAAUGAUUUAGUUAGUCCCAUGACUAAAAUGAAAACUAAUGAUAGUGAAGAUAUUACUAACCCUACUACUAACCCUACUACUACUGGGAUUAAACUUGGUAUUGGUGCAACAACCCUUGGAGCUGGAAUUGCCCCUGGUGCUACUGGUACUGGCACUGCUACUGGUAUUGGCACUGCUACUGCUACUGCCACUGGUAGAAGACCAUCUCGUUCAUCUAUUGAUAGUGAAGCCGAUUCUCAUGCUUCAAGAUCAUCUCAAGAAACUGAAGAAGAUGUUUGUUUCCCUAUGGUUGGUGAUCAUAUUAGAGUUAAUGGAAUUGAUUUUGAUGAAAUUGAUGAAUUUAUUCGUGAAGAAAGAGAAGAAGCUUUAUUACAAAAACAAAUGAUUGCUAAAAAUAUUCUGCGUAUUGAUGAAUUUCAAAAUCUUUCUAAUACUACUAGUGGUGCAUCUCGUCAUCCUUAUCAUAGUAAUAACAACAACAACAACAACAAAAAGGGUAAUAAUAAUAAUUAUAGUGGUGGUGGUAGUGGUGGUUCUAGUAUUGCUGCAUUAAAAUAUACUCCAAAAAAUAUUUUGAAAAAAACUUUAUCAAGAUUUGAAAUUACUCAUGAAAAUUCUUCAUCAUCUGAUGAAAUUUAUGAAUUGAAAAAUCAUCACUUCCAUCACCAAAAAUCACCAAAGUAUGAUGAUAAUGAUGAUGAUGAUGAUCAAUUAUCAUUGACUUCUUCUUCUUCUUCUAGUUCAGGACAAGUGAAAUUUGGUGGAGCAAGAAUUUCUGAUGGAAUCAAUGGAGGAUCAUUACCUGAUAGAUUUUCACUUUUCCAUUCAGAAUCAGAAGAAACCAUUCAUGCUCCUGAUAUUCCAUCAUUAGUUUCAUCAUCAUCAUCAUCAUCAUCAGGUCAAUCAAUAUCAGUUCGAGAUUUAUUUAGAAAUGGUGAAGAAACUUGGUGGUUAGAUUGUACUUGUCCAACUGAUUCUGAAAUGAAAAUGUUGGCUAAAGCAUUUGGUAUUCAUCCUUUAACUGCUGAAGAUAUUAGAAUGCAAGAAACUAGAGAAAAAGUUGAAUUAUUUAAAAGUUAUUAUUUUGUUUGUUUCCAUACUUUUGAAGCUGAUAAAGAAUCAGAAGAUUAUUUAGAACCAAUUAAUGUUUAUAUUGUUGUUUUCCAUGAUGGAAUAUUAACUUUUCAUUUUUCACCAAUUAAUCAUCCAGCAAAUGUUAGAAGAAGAGUUCGUCAAUUAAGAGAUUAUGUUGAUGUUAGUGCUGAUUGGUUAUGUUAUGCAUUAAUUGAUGAAAUUACUGAUGGAUUUGCUCCCGUGAUUCAUGGAAUUGAAUAUGAAGCUGAUGCUAUUGAAGAUGCAGUAUUUACUGCUAGAGAUACUGAUUUUAGUAGUAUGUUACAAAGAAUUGGUGAAUCAAGAAGAAAAGUCAUGACUUUAAUGAGAUUAUUAUCAGGGAAAGCUGAUGUUAUAAAAAUGUUUGCUAAAAGAUGUCAAGAAGAAGCAAAUUCUGGUUAUUAUCAACGUCAAUAUAAUAAUAAUAAUAAUAAUAAUCAUCUUCAUCAUCAACAUCAACAUCAACAUCAACAAACUCAUCAUACAUUACCAACCAAUAUUAUUACUUCACCAAUUACUUCAACUUUAAAUCUUAAUAAUUUAACAACUUCAACAUCAACAGGUGGUGGUGCAUUAGGAGUCAAUUUUGGUCCUAAUCCUAAUCCUAAUCCUAAUCUUAAUCCAGUUGGUGGCAAUAAUAAUAAUAAUAAUAAUACCAAUUCACCUUCACCACCACAACAACCAAAAGAUUUUCCUCUUGGUACUGGGAAAUCUUUACUUAUUCCUGAUGCUCGUCCAAGAGCAGAUAUUGCAUUAUAUUUAGGUGAUAUUCAAGAUCAUAUAAUUACCAUGUUUCAAAAUUUAUUAGCUUAUGAAAAAAUUUUUAGUCGAUCUCAUUCAAAUUAUUUAGCUCAAUUACAAGUUGAAUCAUUUAAUUCUAAUAAUAAAAUUACCGAAAUGUUUUCUAAAAUUACUUUAAUUGGAACAAUGUUAGUUCCAUUAAAUUUAGUUACAGGAUUAUUUGGAAUGAAUGUAAGAGUUCCUGGUGAAGGUGGGAAUAAUUUAGGUUGGUUUUUCGGAAUUGUUGGUGUAUUAAUUUUUAUAAUUAUUGGAUCAUUUAUUUUCGCUCAAUGGUGGUUAAAAAAAUUAAAUAAUUCAAUUGAAGGACAAAAAAAAAUUAAUCGACCAAUUUUUAAUCAUUCUUCAAGAAGAUCAAUUAGAAGUUUAGGUUUAAGAAAACAUGGUAAUGCUCGAGGUGGUAAUGGUAAUGGUAAUGGCAAUGGUGGUGCAGGUGUUGGUGUUGGUGCUAAUAAAUCAAUUAUUAGUUUCCCCAAUAAAUAUGAAUAA